AUGUCUAUCAUUUAUUUGACAUUGUUUAUCAUCGUCAAUGUGUACAUUCACUUUUCCAAUGGUGACGAUUUUUCUGAAUAUUCAGCACAUUUGAGUCAAAAUGAUGAAUACAGUCUUAAUUGGUCUGUGGAUAGUCAUCAGAUAUGGUUAAAUUUUUCUGUUUGUUUAAACACAAACGAAUUAAACUAUCGUAGUAAUAAAAAUAAUUAUGAGACGGAUGGGAGAAAUCAAGUGAAAUUUUUUGGCCUCGGAUUUGGACGACACGAUGAACCAAUGAAUGUUGACUUUUAUAUGUUAUAUUUCCCAAUUCUGAGUAAAGCGCUCAAAAGUGACUAUGAAUAUCUUUUUAUGGAGGGUUAUACAGAUGAAAACACAGUUCUCCAGUUCAGAAAUUCUACAGAAAGUCUUUUAUAUGAAGUAAAAGUUCAUAGUAGAAGUCAUCCUGGGAUAUGUUUUGUGUUUGGAAGGAAAGCAGUAUCUUGUCGUGACAACGGGUACAUAAUUAACAAUCAAACGACUCGUGUCUUCUUAUUCCAUAGUCUAUAUGAACAACUAAAUCCUGCUGAUGAGAUUAAAAGUUAUUGGUUAUAUCAGUUGACAACCAGUCCAUCUAUUUUUGUUAGAUGGUAUAAAAAUGCAGUCGAUCCAAUAUAA